AUGCCUUUAAUUAUUAUCAAUCAAGACGCUCUAAACCAAAACGUCAGACUGGCGCGCGGAUACAGGCUGCCAUUACAAAAGUUAGCGUUAAUUUCAAAGUACGGUACCGCAGCCAACAGACACGGAACUCUAAUUAAAAGCAUUGAAAGUUGUAAGAAGACGUGUCCGCUGUCGGCGCCGCGCCUACUAACGUUCCAAGUGUCACUCCAACAAUUUGCAGUUGCACCACUUUGUGAGUGGCCAUUACCAACACCGUUCUAA